UCCCCCUGUCUCUUGCAUGCUCUCAGUCCUGUAGCCUAGGAUACUUAUUUCAAUUCAGUCAUGGCUGGUGUAUUUCGAGGUGUAUUUCAAGAUGAUGCCAAUCUACACAAGUUUUGUCACGAUGGAAAAAUAGAAAAGAUAAUGGAUUUUGUUGCCACUGUAGAACCUGAAAUCCUUCUUGAUCGACUCAACAAUCGAAGAGGUAUUUCUGGUUACACUCCUCUUCAUGAAGCUGUCUCCGGCAACAGAUACGAAGUCAUUUCGUAUCUUGUUGAACUAGGUGCUAACGUUAAUGCCAGGGCUAAUUUUGGCUAUACCCCGCUUCACCUUGCAGCCAGUGCUGGUCACAUUGAGUGUGUCAAAGCAUUACUAUAUUGUUCUGCUGAUAUCAGUCUUAUUGAUAGCCGUGGUAAAACUCCAAAACAGACAGCUGACCUGAAAAAAAAGUCAAAUGUAGUCCGACUUUUAAGGAGUGAAGAGAUCAUUAAAGAAGCGAAGACAAAAGGUGAUAAUCUCACUGAGUUACUUGAAGUCAGAAUAGAUGAUUUGGAGCCUCACUGCCUUGAGGAUACGCUCACAGCUGCUGUUGAGGUUGGGAACCAGUUAAAUGUUGGGAAACUUAUCAUCAAAGGUGCCACAAACAUCCAACAAGCUCUGGAUGAUUCUAAACGACUGCAGAAACACGAAGCAAGGGCCAUGCUCUUACUGGUCAUUGCUGCACAGACAAAUGACAGGGACUUGGUCCUUAAGCUGUUUGAUGCACGAAUACAAAGAAACGCAUCACAUCCAAUGGCCAAUGAUGAUGAUUUUUCUGAAGUCCAGAAAGCCGUCAUAAGUGGACGUGUCUCAACUAUGGUUCCAAUAGAGAUAGCACGACGCCAUCAGAACCCAAUUGUACGAGAGGAUCUUCUCCUGAGGACUAAUGUGAACCAGGAAGAGGGUUCUGUCUAUUGGCAUGGCCUCCGUCUACUUGAACUUGAUCUCUCUUGGAUCCGUAAGAUACACUGGGUAAAGAGACUGAGACUGGCUAGGAAUGGAUUCCGAGCCAUCCCAAACGAAAUUGGAGGCUACUUGAAACAAGUGGUAAAACUAGACCUCCAGCACAAUGAAUUGGUUACUGUCCCACACUGUCUGUUUGAGUUACCCAAUCUUAAUGAGCUCAAUCUGAGCAAUAACAAGCUAAUUGAGAUACCUGAUGUACACGAGUGGUCCCCUGGUCUCACUGUCCUGAACCUCUCCUCUAACGAGCUCUCUAGUCUACCAGCUGACAUUGUCACUCCUUCUAUUAGGACUCUCAACAUUAGUUAUAAUCAUUUCUGUACUGUCCCUCUCUCUGUCUGCUCCUUUAUGAGUCUCCAGCACUUGAACAUCAGUUUCAAUCGAAAUAUACGUUCUCUGCCGGUGGAGAUGGGUCGAUUGCAGAAUCUUAUCAAGCUUGUUAUUGAUGGACUCAAAUUGAGAGACCCUCCUCGUAAUGUGCAGCGUGAUGCCAGGGACUGUGUACGAUACCUCAACAGUAAGCUACGCUCCACUCGUAGGUUUUACCGAAUGAAACUCAUGCUGGUAGGGAAACAGAACCGUGGUAAGACAACACUGGUCACCCGUUUACAAGGACUUGACGUCAGUAUCAACCAGUCGACUGUUGGGGUUGAUGUGAGCGAGUGGCAUUACGCUGGGGGACUGGGACGUAGGAAGUACCAGUUUAGUAUUUGGGAUUUUGGUGGUGUGGAGAAGUACUACGCAACACAUCAGUGCUUCCUUUCAGAGCGAUCCAUGUAUCUGUUGCUGUGGAACGUACAGCAUGGGGAGGAAGGUAUUCAAGAGUUGAAACCUUGGCUUGAUGCUAUUGCACUGAGAGCUCCUCGCUCUUGUGUCCUUAUUGUUGGUACUCAUCUUGAUUGUGUUGAAGAAAGUGAUCGUCCUGAAGUGGACAAGCUCCUUGGAAAAGUUGCUGAACUAGCACAGACCUAUCAGAACAAGCUAUUGGUACCAGAGGUACUAGCAGUUGGUCUAAUGAACCGUUUGGAGAAUAUCAGGACACUCAGGGAGGCCAUAUACAAUCAAGCAACAGAAUACAGAGGAAAUAGAAGUCUGCCAAUAAUGGGACAAGAAAUACCAGCCAGUUAUUUUGAGCUAAAUAAAGAGCUUGAGAAGGUACAAGAGGAAGUCAGGAAAGGUCUGAGAGCCCCCGUCAUGAAUGCAGCUCAGUUUAGGGAACUUGUCCACAGGCUCAAUCUUCCUGAUAUAUGCAGUGAUGAGGAGCUACGCACUGCCACACUCUUUCUUAAUGACAUUCGUACUAUACUCCAUUAUGAUGACAGGAGCCAUGCGAUCAAUGAGCUUUAUUUUAUUGACCCACAAUGGCUCUGUAAAAUCAUGUCUCAGAUUGUAACAGUCAGGGAGAAAAACCCCUUUAUUAAAAAUGGUAUACUUCACAGUAGAAAUGUUCCAUUUAUAUUUUGUGACCCGAGAUUCCAGUGGAAGUAUUUUGAGCAAUACCUCAGUCUCCUUGAUCGGUUUGGGAUUGCCCUCCCUUUGGACAAUCGCCAGAUCCUAAUCCCCUCCAUGCUCCCAGACAAGAGGCCAGAGAAGGCUGAUAUACCAGACGAUAAGUCUGCUCCUUUUUACAUUCGCUUCAUUAAUUUCCAGUCUUCAACCCCGCCAGGAUUCUGGAGUCGUCUUAUAUCUCGUAUAAUGCAUACAGUUCCUCAGGUUUGCAGGGCACUGGAUGUUCUAGCUGAUUACAACAAUGAGACUGAGUCAACUGCUGACGAGGAUACCAUACCUGGGAUACCUCCUGCGCCUAACGUAACUGAUGAAACGUCAGCUCAAAUGAUCAGCUCACCUGUUCUUUCUCCAUCAUCCAACCAGUUCCUCCUUCCCAACAUUAACCGUUUUAUAGUGGAUGAUGAUGAUGCAAAGCCACUCAAACCAGAGGACAUUGAGCUCCUCUAUUGGAAGAACGGUAUAGUUUACAAAGGCCCAGAUCUUUCAUUUGGGGUUGAGUCUUUUAGGAAAUCAAAGGUCCUAGCUCGUAUAAAUGGGGACAGCAUCGUUAUCCUUGCCUCUCCAAAUAGUAAAGGCACAAAGCUCAUUUGUCAGUUGGUUGAUAUUAUCCUCAGCCUCAUACAUGAGUGGUAUCCCGGCCUGGAGGAGAAUAAUGUGAACUCUGGUGUAGAGCAGAGGGUACCUUGCUAUGAGUGUCGUAAGCUUGGACGUGAGAAACCCUUCGAGUUUAAAAUAGAUCAAUACAUGUCAAUAAUCACUAGCAGUAGACCUCAGAUUGAGUGUGGAUAUGAGAGAGAUGCAGCGAGGAAUCACAAGGUCUCUCUGGUUGAUAUCAUACCUGACUUACUCCUCCAAGACUUGGAUGCUGAUUAUCUGCUCAAACCGGAAGAGAUCAAAUUUCAAGAGGACAAGGACUCCCUCUUAGGAGAGGGAGGGUUCGGUAAAGUGUAUAGAGGAAAGUGUCGUGGUAAAAGUGUUGCUAUAAAGAAGUAUCUUACAAGAACAGAAGAGGCUUUCAACGAGUUACGCUCUGAAGCUAAAGUACUGCAGGAAUCCCAUCAUCCUUUUCUAGUCUGUCUUGUUGGUGUGAGUGUUCACCCAUUGAUGGCUCUUAUACUAGAAGAGGCUCCAAUGGGAUCCUUCGAGAGGCACCUCAUCAAGAAAUCAACUCCAAUCCCGAGACUUACAAUGUUCCGUAUUGCUGCUCAAGUGGCAGCUGCUCUACGCUUCCUACAUCAACAUGGGAUCAUAUUCCGUGACCUCAAAGCAGCCAAUGUCCUCCUAUGGUCACUGGAUGAGACUUCACUCUGUCACUCAAAAGUUACCGAUUUUGAAAUAGCAACACACCUGUCACCAGUGGGUAUC